AUGAUAAAGUCCUUCGUUGAGACGGAUAGGAGCAGUCCCUUUGCCAGUCCGAUAAGACACGCACAAUGUGAGGUCCCGGAGACCACAGAGAGCGUAGAAAACACUACGAGCUCUCCACCGGUUACGGUUAAACAACAAGUCUCGGCCGAGCCUGUAGAGACAUACAGUUGUGAGUAUGGAUCGCUGAAGUUCUUCGCCCUGUGUGGCUGGGGUGGCAUCCUCAGCUGCGGGACAACCCAUACAGCCCUGGUCCCCCUGGACAUGGUCAAGUGCCGGAUUCAGACAGAUCCGGCUAAAUAUGGCGGCAUCAUCAACGGAUUCAGGGUGUCCCUGAAGGAGGACGGGAUGAGAGGCUUAGCGCGUGGGUGGGCACCCACGUUUUUCGGGUAUUCAGCUCAAGGUCUUGGGAAAUUUGGGCUCUAUGAAGUGUUUAAGUCUCUGUACUCUGGUGUGCUUGGGGAGGAAAGAUCAUACGUAUGGAGGACAUCUCUCUACCUGGCUGCCAGCGCCUCUGCCGAGUUCUUCGCCGACAUCGCUCUCUGCCCCAUGGAAUCUGUGAAGGUCAGAAUUCAAACACAACCUGGCUGGUCAACCACACUGAGAGAGGGAUUCCCAAGGAUUAUGAAGGAGGAGGGGUUGAAUGGAUUUUAUAAAGGCUUAGUACCACUGUGGGCUCGUCAGAUUCCCUACACCAUGAUGAAAUUUGCCUGCUUUGAGAGGACGGUGGAAGCUCUGUAUAAAUAUGUCGUGCCCAAACCUCGUUCUGAAUGCACUAAACCAGAGCAGUUGGUGGUCACAUUCAUUGCCGGCUAUAUUGCUGGUGUAUUCUGUGCCAUUGUUAGUCACCCAGCCGACACCAUCGUAUCAAAACUUAACCAAGCAAAGGGAAGCAACUUUGUGGAGGUGGCCAAGAGCCUUGGGCUGCUAGGCAUGUGGAAAGGACUUUUCCCGAGGAUUAUAAUGAUUGGUACACUAACUGCGUUGCAGUGGUUCAUCUACGAUUCGGUCAAAGUCUAUUACAGGCUGCCACGCCCACCUCCACCAGAGAUGCCGGAGAGCCUCAAAGCCAAACUUGCUGCACAAGGGAAGCUUUGAUGAUUUAGGACUUAAUUUAGAAAGUUGUUUAAUGAACGAAGUUUUUUUAAUAAAUGUUUUACAGAAGUCAAUUUGGACUGUAGGGUGAGACUAAUAAGCAGCGGAGUAUGUGGAAAAAUUUGUAGUAACAGCUUUAUUUGAGUUUCAGGCAGAAAACACGUGUUUUGACAUUGGUUUUGUUCCAUAAGUCGGGUAUAAUGUCCAAAAGGCAAACUUGGAGCUUGUAUUUUUCAAUUGUCAAUUCAUCACUGUAUUGUGAACUUUGAAAACAGCUGCACGUUAAAAGGUUAAGUCACCAGCA